AUGCUCGCCACGGGCGUGGAUGGAAAUCCUGCCGGGUUCCAAGAGGACCUGAGCAACAUCCUCUGCUGUCCCGACUGCAAGGAGAUCCCGCCCAACCUGGUGGAGGAGUUCUCGAGCGGCGACAUGGUCUGCCAAAGCUGCGGCGUCGUCGUCGGCACCCGCAUCAUCGAUACCCGGUCCGAAUGGCGCACCUUUGCCAACGACGACCAUGGUGGCGAUGACCCGAGCCGAGUCGGCGGCCCGCAGGACGAGUUCAUCGAGGGCGAGCAGCUCGCCACCACCGUCGCCUUCUCCGAGUCCAAGGCCCACAAGGCCCUGUCCCGGACGCAGAACAACGCGAACCAGGACAAGCAGCAAAAGGGCCUCAUGCAGGCCUACAAGGAGAUCGUUUCCCUCUGCGAGGCCAUCAACAUGGGCCAGAACGUCUCCAACGCGGCCAAGCACAUCUUCAAGCUCGUCGACAAGUACAAGUUCAUGAAGGGCAAGCCGCAGGAGGCCGUCAUCGCCGGCUGCAUCUUCAUCGCCUGCCGCCAGAACAACGUCCCGCGCACCUUUCGGGAGAUCUUCAACCUCACGAGCGUCAGCAAGAAGGAGGUCGGAAGGGUCUUCAAGCAGCUGCAGAAGUUCCUGCAGAAGCUGCAGGACACCGAGGGCGAGGGCGCCACCGGCCUGAACACGGUGACCAACUACGAGAACACGUCCGUCGGCGCCGAGGACUUUUGCGGUCGCUACGUGUCCCAGCUCGGCUUCAAGAACCAGCAGAAGAUUUCCAAAAUCUCCCGCGACCUCGCGGAAAAGGCAAACGACAUCGCCGCGCUCGCCGGAAGGUCGCCCCUGUCGGUCGCGGCCGCCUGCAUCUACAUGGCCUGCCACCUGGUCGGCGAGCCGCGGUCGUCGACGCCCAUCGCCAAGCAGGCCGGCGUGAGCGACGGAACCGUCAAGACGGCGUACAAGCACCUCUUCGCCGCGCGCGAGCAGCUGAUCAAGAAGGAGUGGCUGGAAGACGGAGCCAGCAUGGACAACAUACCCCAGGUGCAGGCAUAG